CGGUGUGUGGCUCCGGGAUGCUGAGAAGCAGAAGGGCGGGGCUGUGAUGUGGAUGCAGGGCGGAGGAGAGCAGCAGGACGAAAACACGAUGGACGCACCGCGCGCGCGGGUUUAACGUCGCAGGAUCCCUCAUUGUUCUGAUCAGACCGACACACCGAACCUCUCCGGUAAAGACUCUACUUUCUCUCGGUGGUUUCGGAGCCGCUGGUCCGCUCGGCAUGGCGUGGCCCUGCAUCAGCAGGGCGUGCUGCAUGGCCCGCUUCUGGAACCAGCUGGACCAUGCCGACAUCGCCGUGCCCUUGGUGUUCACCAAGUACACGGACGCCUCCGAGAUGCAGCACAUCCAGCUGCAGCCGCAGCUCCCCCGUCCUCAGGCCCGGGUCGCCAUAGAAACGCAGCCGUCUCGCUCAAAACCCCGCACCGCCACGGCGGCGCGCGGCCCGCGGAGGUGCGUGUCCGAGGAGCGCGUGUGCAGCUCGGUAAUGCGCGAGGACUACAAGCACUGGAGAGUGCGACCCGAACCUAGCUGCAAACCCAAGAACGAGUACCACGAACCGGACACACCGUUCAACACCGAGACUCAGUACCAGAAGGACUUCAAGGCCUGGCCCAUCCCAAAGAGGUACGACCACCCCUGGAUACCCAAACCCGCCCCCUCUGCAGAGGAGCGCACACCGGAACGGUCCCGGCACUCCAAACAGCACGCAGCGGACGCGGACGGCGGCGUGGAGAAGAGCGCCGUCGCCGACAAGAUUCAGGAGAAGGACCUGCUGAAGGAGAAGAAAAAGAGGAGCAGCAAGCAGGAGGCAGAGAGGAGAGUGAUCCUGAAGCAGGCGGAGGGCAGAGGCCGCGCGGCGGUGGAUGCGCUCAACAGGCAGAUCAAGGAGGAGAUCUCCACCGGCAGCUCCUACCGGACUGAGUUUAAGGCUUACAGAGAUGUGAGGCCAGUGAGGAUGAUCCGGGCCAAGUCUCAGUACCUGCCGCCAGAUGAGAGGCCUAGCUUAGAGACCAGCUACAGCGCCACCUUCAAAGUCCAAACCCCGCUGCAGCCAGCUGAUAACAAAGCACAAGAGAGGAGGAGGAUACGCAGCUUAUACAGCGAACCCUACAUUGAUCCCAGCAAACAGGUUGACAGGUAUAGUCCCACAUGCUCCAAACCCAAAAAGUCUGGAGCCACUUCUGCAGGCCAGGGCAAACCAUUGAAGAAAGCCAAAGACAAGCAGACCACCCCCCUGAAGGGCUCCAAGAAGGCAACUUUGGAGAACCAGCCUCAGGAUCGUCCAGCAGUGGGGGACAAGGAGAAAAGUAAAGAGAUCAACAACAAACUGGCUGAGGCAAAAGAGGUUGUGCUAAAACAGUACCACUACAUACAACUCUGCCAGCCAAUCCGAGAUAUUGGCUGGGUGCAGACUCUAAAGCAACACCUGUGGGGCUGUGCACUACCCAAUCCCAGAGAUGCUAAGGACGAGGUACUCCGACCCAGUGAUCAUCAUUCCCAGAGUGCUUCUGGAGGAGGACCACAACCACCUAUGGAGAGAAGUGAACCUCGGAGGAGCGGCGGGGUCGUACGCUUUGCCGUAGAUGUGAAUCAAUCUGAGCGUCCCUGAAUGUGAAGAUUCCCCCACAAGCAGAGACUGCUCCUCUAUUCCGUCAAUACCUAAGGUUUAGGCUGUAUUAGUAAAAGAAGUGACAACCAUGAAAAAUGUUCUGCAGACCAAGUAUAAGAUCACAUUUGUGAAAUGCAGGUGUAAACAGCCUGUGAGCACUAUCACACUAUCACAGAGGUGCUACGUUCUUUUGUGGUUCCAUGCAUUCAAUUUUGGGAACCUAUUUUGUUAUUAUUUAACUACAAUAUCAUACCAGGAAGUGCUUGAUAAUUGCAAACACAUCUGUAAUAUACUAUCAUCACUUUUAGUCUGAAUAAAUGAAUAACUUGCAGAUUUUCA